AUGGCCAGCUCCAUGUCCACACUCAGUACCCUCCCACCCUUUCUCUUCGCCUCUGCCCUCUCGGCAUAUGGCCUCUUCCUCUGCAAGGAAAACAUCACCCGCCUGCAGCAGUACGAAAAGCAGAGCGAAAAGGCCGCAGAAUGGAGCAACGCGGCCGCCCGGCGCAUGCACAAGACGCGCACCACGCAGACGAGCGGUACACUCUCGUUGCUCCUCUCCUUUGUUGCCUCCACCGCCCUCCCCUUGCUCACAUCCAAACACACGCCCACCAUCCUCGGCAUCACUGGUCUUGCAGCAGCGGCUAUACUGUAUACUGCGCGAACACACAUGGCGAAUUUCUGGAACGAAGGAAAGCAGACGAAGAUCCCGUUUGUCCAGAAGUUCAACGAUGCGAUCAGGGGCAGUGAGAAGGUGGUCCUGAUUCUAGAGACGCUGAGUUUCAGCUGGGGUGCUGCGGGGUGCGUAUGGGCACUGGGCUGGGGAGCCGUGGGCGUGGGGAUUUGGGGAGUGGUAGCUGGGGCCAGGACGGCGUGGAUGUUCAACCAAGGGUGGGGGAGCAGUUUGUAG